AUGGUGAUCACUUCAUUGGGAUUGGUCAUCUGCUUGAAAAUGAAUACGUUCGUACACAAAAGUGUGCCAUGGAUGAAAGUUUUACCGCUAGCUGCCGCUUUUUGUGCGUACGUGGUCUUUACUAAUCUUUCCCUUGAAUACAAUACGAUCGGUACAUAUCAACUAUUCAAAGUUUUAACAACGCCUGUUGUCGCAUUGAUCUCCUGGCAAUAUUACAAAGUGAAAUGUUCACGAAUGGUUAUUGCUACAUUGAUACCUGUUGUCAUAGGUGUUUGCACACAUUCAGUUACCGAUAUUAAACCGUCAAUUUUUGGUACAAUCAUUGCGUCUAUCGGCGUGCUUGCAGCAUCGCUCUAUCAAGUUUGGGUUGGUGAAGGUUUGAAAGAGUUAGAGAUGAACUCACAACAAUUACUAUUUUAUCAAGCACCUUUAUCCGCGGUGUUAUUAAUACCGUGUAUUCUGCUAAUGGAAAGUUUACCGUCGUACAAAACAAGUGAAGAACAACGAACUGCAUUCUUUGCAGUUCUUGCAUCUGGCGUCGUGGCAUUCGUAGUCAACCUGUCCGUUUAUUGGGUGAUUGAAAACACAUCACCCUUAACAUACAAUAUGAUUGGACAUUUGAAAACUGUUUCGAUACUCGUUGGUGGCUGGUUCCUAUUCAAUGACACAUUGAACUUUAAACAAUUUAUUGGUAUUUUAUUGACAUUAUUUGGUUUAUUUACUUAUUCAUUCGUUAAAAUGGGCGAACAAAAUCAAUUGCCAUGUAAACGAUGGAAUACAAAUCCUGGCAAUAGUAUAGUCUAA